AUGACAGACAAAGAUAAUAGCUUACAUAUACCAAACCUACAUCCCGACCAUCGAGGAUCAUCACCAGAAGGAUCACCAAGCCAAGCAGCUGGCUAUUUCCAGGAUCCAGACGCUCAACUGAGCCAAUCGUUUAAAGAUCGUAUUGAGACGUUUGUUGGCUCCUACUCGAGGACUUCCAUGAUGCACAUGGCUGAAAACGUAAUGGUUUCCGAAGGAGGAAUGACUGACGAAGAGGAUGAUUUUGAUGCCACUUCUGCGCACUCAAGCUAUUUACCCAGAUACCAAAAUCAAUCUACAUCAAGGCGUAACUCGGAGGGGACUCUUCAUGAACGAACGCCAUUAUUGUUCCCAUCACUUCAGAAAGUGGAUACCUGUGCAAGUAUCAUGACAGUAGCUGACAGCUACCCACAGCAGCAUGUGAUGGCAAAGAAAUCUUCUUUUUUGCAGAGCAUUUUCAAUUCAAUCAACAUCCUGAUUGGUGUUGGUAUCCUGGCUUUACCGUUGGGUUUCAAGAAUGCUGGAUGGGCCAUUGGUCUCGUUGUAUUCGCCUUUUGUUUUGGUCUUACCAAUUACACUGCUAAAUUGCUAGCCAAGUGUCUAGACGCUGAUCCCGAAAGUCGAACAUACGGUGAUAUGGGCUCGUUGGCUUUUGGCGUCAGGGGCAGAGUAUUCAUCUCGUUCCUGUUCCUUACAGAAUUAAUUACCUGCAGUGUUGCACUGGUUGUCUUAUUGAGCGAUGGUAUCGAAAGCUUAUUUCCAGGACACGAUCCCCUCUUUAUUCGCUGUAUUUCCUUUCUGAUACUGACACCUACUUUGUUUAUACCCAUUCGCCAUCUUUCGUAUACAAGUUUGCUCGGUAUACUCAGUAUCUUUAGCUUGCUGGCAGUCAUCUUGUAUGAUGGCUUAUCAAAGCCGCAUGCCCCUGGAAGUCUACAUGAAAUGGCAGCAGAUGCCUCUGUAUUGCCUGAGGAUUGGAUGGCCGUUCCAAUGAGCUUUGGAUUAAUUAUGGCGGGCUUUGCUGGCCAUGCUGUCUUCCCAACCAUCUAUAGAGAUAUGGAAUCACCAAAAGAGUAUAAAAAGAUGGUCAACUGUACCUAUAUUGUAACGGCCCUUGUGUACAUGACGGUUGCAGCAAGUGGAUAUGCCAUGUUUGGAUCUGCAACAAUGCAAGAGAUUACACAAAAUCUUGUUACAAUUCCAGAAUAUAAUCAAACGUUGAACAGACUGGCUGUCUGGCUUAUAGCCCUGAAUCCAAUUGCAAAGUACGGCUUAACCUUAAAUCCCGUGGUAUUGAGCUGGCAAAUAGGAUUAACAAGCAAUCCUGCUAUUGAUGAUUGGCUUAACAGAGGUGCUUGGAGAAAGCCUGCCGUAAAAUCUCUAGGCGUCGUUCUGACAUCUGCAUUCAUUGUUGUGUUGGCUGUGCUCUUGCCCAACUUUGAUCAGAUCAUGUCAUUGUUGGGAGCCCUCUUCUCAUUUGUUAUUUCUGGCAUAUUCCCAUUGAUGUGCCAUUUGAAAUUAUUUAAGCGUACCAUGUCUGCAAAAGAAACUGCAUUAACUUAUAUUUUGUUAUUCCUAGCAUCUUCCUUGGCUAUCAUGGGUACCGUUAGAAGCUUCUUCUAG